AUGUACAAACCCAGACCAGACUUUAAGGAGGUGGAAGGUCCUAGGCCGGAUUUCCGACGCGAUGCCGAACUUACCGUCACAAAAACCCCCAACCCCGCCUGGCAACAGGGCGAUGGCGCAAACGACGGCGGCGAGAGUCUGAAAAAAGACCAUGUCGAAAUUGAUCCUUACGCCGAGGGCCGCCCAGCCGCGUCGAAUUAUAAGCUGUUGAUUUCGGGGAUGGUGCCUCGACCUAUCGCCCUAGUCAGCACACAAUCGGCGGAUGGAAAAACAACAAAUCUCGCACCGUUCAGCUACUCGCAAGUCGUGAACCAUGACCCGCCUACCUUUAUUGUUGGGUUCGCAGGUGGUCUUGCCAAUGCGAAGGAUACUUUGCGCAAUAUUCAAGAGACCGGGGAAUGCGUGAUCAACAUCAUCUCAGAGCACUUUGUCGAAGCUGCCAACUCGACAUCUAUCAAUGCUCCAUACGGAACUUCUGAGUGGGAUGUUUCUGGUCUUACCCCGGCACCAACUGCUGUUGUUAAGCCGGCGCGUGUUAAGGAGUCUAUUGUCGCGAUCGAAGGCAAGCUCGUCGAUAUCAAGGAAUUUGAAAGUCGGUCAACUCCUGGUAAGAAGACUGGUGCGAUGAUCACUGUUGAGGGAAUGCGGUUCUGGGUUCGAGAGGACGCCAUCGAUGAAGAGCGCUCGGCUGUUGACCUGAGCGUUCUUAAGCCCAUUAGUCGGUUGGGUGGCAUCUCAUACGGGCGUACCACUGAAUCAUUUGAGCUCCCUCGUCCGUUCUUUUAG